UCCACGUUAUCCCCCCGUGUUCAAUAAAAUAUAUUUACCCGAUACUAAUUGUUCUAAAAAAAAAAAAUCUUAACAAUGUCUAUAUUCUUUGCAGACCGUCAAACCUGAUAGGUGUGGUGUCUUUAGAAGAAAACUGUGAGUCCGGAUAUCUGUCGUAUUCUGAUUUCCUGGGUUCCGGAGCUACUGUAUCAGAUGACACAUUAUCUGAAAUAAGAUCACACGUCAGCUGUGACGAAUCGGCUAUUAUACUGACAACAUCUGGUACAACAGGAGAUGUGAAGUUUGUUUGUCGCAGUCAAUUCUAUAUGGUGAAUUUUGCAAGAUUUUACAACAGGCGAAAACCAAAACAUUUGCCAGAAGUAGCUGGUGUUCGGAGCCCCGUCACAGACGACGGGAUGUGUGUAAUCAAAUGUACCGAGGCGGUGUUUAAAUGGCGGACGAUGUACGCAGUGUUCGUGCCCUCGGAUGUCGACUUCUACAUGCGCGAUAUCAGUUCUUUUAUGAAAUGCAUAGAACAGGAAAGAUUAACAUGGUAUAGUGGAUAUCCAUACGAAAUCAUUAAGAUGUUGGACUCUCCAGAUCUGAACCGUUAUGACAUUAGCUCACUCAGCGCUGUUGUAGUUACCGGACAGAGCGUCAGUAGUCACAAUCUUGAAAGGAUCUUUGACCAAUUUCCCGAUACAAUGAAUGCAUAUGGUUCUACAGAGGUCCUGGCCACAAUGACAUCGACAUUACACUCCACAUUCGAUCUAAAACGCAAUUCUGUCGGAUAUCCUCUACCACAUAUGGAGUUGAAGAUUGUUGGUAAACACGGUGAGACUGUUCCUGUUGACAAUCCCGGCGAGGUCUGUGUCCGCGGUUGGGCAUCGUUCUUAUGCUACUUCAAUGAUCCAAGAGCAACGGCUGCUGCCAAGGGCAACAGUAACUGGAUUCAUAUGGGUGACGUUGGAAUGAUGGAUAAAACAGGUCACGUUAAACUACUGGGGCGGCUGGCUGAGUGUGUGACAUUCAAACAUAUGGGCGAAAAGGUGUUCCCUUCUUUGAUACUGGACACCGCGAGAUCUCAUCCAAAGGUCGAAACAGCUGUCGUCAUUGGGAUCCCUGAUGAUAGGUUAGGUGAUGAUGUCUGCCUCUUUGUUGAGUUAAAACAUGAAGCUACACUAACGGAGGAUGAGUUAGAGUCGUACUUUCAAUCAAAGCUGAUGUUUCUACAGUGUCCACUCUACUACUUUGUGUUAGAAAAGCUACCCCGAAUCGGUGCCCGUAAUAAGGUUCAUAUAGCAGAACUCAAGCAAAUAGCUACUGAGCGGAUCGCAACUGAUAACAAGGAAGAACAGUGGAACAGAUGAAGGCCUACUGAUUGUGGACAACAAAUUAUUGGUCUACAAGGCGUCUUCAGACGAUACAAUAUACACCCGAUGUGUGGUAUCCAGUAUCUAGGAGUGCUUUUUGGGACUCUAAUAAUUGAGUCCUUGACUCGUGCUUUUUCAUGUUGGAACUUGCUGUGAGUUUGAGUGCCCACUAUAUCUCUUAGUAUAGGGGCUCAUCAAAUGUAUAGAACUUGAUUAGCCUAAAAAUCCUACAACGAUUACUAAAUGAAGAAUCAUUGGAGUCCGGAGUUGCAAAGGCAACAUCUGGCUGUGUACUUCCCAUACAGAUACAUAAAUAUGACAUGUUUUUUAUUGAUAAUGUGUUAACGUUGACCAAAUACCGAACAUUCGAGACCGCACCAUCCAACUUUGACUUUUUUAUUUAAACGGGAUAAGUAAGAUAUGUCUGCAUUCGUACGUGUAUGUAUCAUUAUUUUUGUACAUGUAAAUUAAAAAACAAAAAUGCAA